AUGGGUUCAUCGAUUCUCUUGUUAGCUAUAGUUGUAAGUGUUGUCAGUGGAGCAGAUGUCUUAUUCAAAGAUCCCUCCAAAAGAAUUCAAAAAUGUCUUGAAUAUUUAUCAAGUGUGAAUAAUCGUGAUGAAAAUUCAGUUCUUGAAAUCAUUAGUGUAAAGGAUUAUGUUACAGCUUUAGAAUAUAAUAAAUUAUUUAAGAAAGUAAUGAGUUAUAAGAUUCAACUCAAAUAUACAGAGUAUGCAACGUUAGAUUAG